UCUCUGUCACUCCGUCAACAACCCAAGCAAGUUCCAAGUUCCCAAUCCCAACCUAUCUUUGUGUCGGCUUUGGAUUUAGAUUUGUGAUUUUGUUUGAACUUUGUUGAUUUACUAUAAAUAUUGGAAUGGAUAUCGACGAAGGACUGAUAGUAUUUUUAAUUUUACUUUUUUCGUGGAGUGAAUAUUUAUGGGAGCAAUACCUUUCCAUUCGUCAGCUGAAGAUUUAUAAUACGAACAACACUAUACCAGAUGACUUGAAAGAUAUGUUGAAUGAGGAAUCCUUCAAAAAGGCCCGAAUCUAUGGAAUAGAUAAGUCUAAGUUCAAGAGUGUCAAAGAAUUUUACAGUAUUAUUUUUACUACAGUGAUCUUGCAUAAGCGUUGGAUCUAUGUUGCUUGGAAUAAGUCAGAAAAUAUUGCUGCAACUUUUAAUGUCAGUCCUGAUCGGGAGAUACUAGUUAGUUGUGUGUUUAUGACAUUUGUAACUCUAUUCAAUUUUGUAGUAAACAUGCCUUUUAAAAUUUAUGGAACAUUUGUGCUUGAAGAGAGACAUGGAUUCAACAAACAAACAGUUGGUUUUUUCAUAAAGGAUCAACUUAAGUCUCUUCUGCUAAGUCUUGUCAUAACUCUCCCAAUCAUUUCAAUAGCUAUUUAUAUUAUUAUGCUUGGUGGAAACAUGUUUGUUGUGUGGUUAUGGUUGUUCACCACAGUGGCCACUCUCCUUCUCCUAACUCUCUAUCCGACAGUGAUUGCUCCUUUAUUUGAUAAAUUUGUCCCGUUGUCUGAUGGCUCUCUGCGCAAAGGAAUUGAGAAUUUGGCAUCAAAAUUAAAGUUUCCCCUUUCACAAAUAUUUAUAGUUGAAGGUUCCAAAAGGUCUGCACAUAGCAAUGCCUACUUCAGUGGUUUGUUUGGAGCAAAGAGAAUUGUUUUAUUUGAUACCCUCUUGGAGAAGUAUGAUGAGGAGAAAAAAAAGACAACUGGUUGUACUGAGGAAGAAAUUUUAGGUGUUUUAGCUCAUGAGCUGGGCCAUUGGAAUUGCAGUCAUAUUUACAAGUCAAUAUUGCUAACUGAAGUAAAUUUACUUCUUCUUUUCACUGCUUUUGGAUUUCUGUUCAAAUACUCCUUAUUGUACACAGCUCUCGGAUUCCCUGCAGGUCAAGAACCAAUCAUCAUUGGCCUGAUAGUUGUUUUACAAAUGAUCCUAGCACCAUACAAUUCAAUAUUGUCUUUCUUUGCUACAGCUAUGUCUCGUAAAUUUGAGUUUGAAGCAGAUAAUUUUGCAGUUUCUUUAGAUUACCCUAAUGAGUUAAGGUCAGCACUUAUAAAAUUAGGCAAAGAUAAUUUAGACUAUCCUAUAUAUGAUAAACUAUAUUCAUUAUGGUACCAUUCACAUCCCACCCUUUUGCAUAGAAUUGAAAAUAUAAAAACAAAAUUAUCAGAAAAGAAGCAAAAUUAGUAUCUUAAUAUUUAUUUGAUAAAGGGUAACUGUUACAAUGCAUUUACAUACAGUAUGCAGUACAACUAAAUUUUAAUCUAAAACAUUGUACAUAAUCUAGUCCAGUCAUUAUAUUUAUAAUUUAUUUUAGAACAUCAACUUUUUAGAUGAUAACUUGACUGGAGUAUAAUAUUUUUUACAUUUUUUUUAAUCCAUGAAAUUAUAUGAUAUUGAUGUUCGUCAACAAACACAAGAUAAAAAAUACAUUCAAAGAUUGAGGCUAAUGUCACAUUCCCAUAUUUAACCAACACAAUAUACAUAUAAUGCAUUUAUAAUUGUUAUUAAAUCAUUCAUAAUGUAGUCUUAUAAAAUACAUGAUAACUUAUGUAAUUGUUUAGUGCCAGUUCUGCACUGUACUCUUAUUUCUCUUGAACUAAUUACUAUUAUAAAAUAGUAUAUAAUACAGCUCUACAACUUAUAUGUAUAUGCUUGCACAUUUGUACCAAUUAGAAACUAUGUUGUUUAGAUAAGAUUGUAAUAAUUGCCUAGAAAACAUGUCAUACAGUUGUUUAAACUUAGUGAAUUAAACAUUAAACACUUUUUAUAUGUCUAA